CCGGCUCGCAGCACGGCUCCCAGCACCGGCCGUGCCUCGGGGAUGGCUUCCCCUAUAUCACCACUGUGCCUGGGUGCUGCUCAAAGCCUUGGGAGGGGGAAACUGAGGCACAGAGCAGCCCUGAGGCUUGUGUUGGCAUAGUCGGUGUGAGGGGAUGGGACCCCCUUCCCCACUGCUCCCCACUCUUCGCCAUGGGCUCUGCUGGGCUCUAAGCCAGGGGUUGGCUGCUCAGGGCAUGGAGCAUCCUUGAGAAUGGUGAGGACAGAGAGCUGCGAACGGCUGAAGAUGCACAGAAGGGCUCCUGCAGGGCCACUAAUUCAUUUUCCCGACAUUUAGGAAUAACAAAAUGUUUUAAUGAUUUCUUAGGGGAAUUAGGGAGACAUAUUUUUGUCCUCAUUAAAUUUUCUCCUGUGCUACAAGAACCAAAUGUCAGCUUGGUUUCCAGAACCCAGUUAUCUUCCCUCCCCACCUCCCCGCGCUCAUCCACCGUGCUCCUCCUGCUUGCACACACAUGCACAUGGAUGCACACACGUUCAUGCACAUUCACACCCCAAAACUGCUCCCUUCUGGUGUCUGCGCCCCUCCUUCUCCCCUCUCUCCAUCCAUCUCUUGCUCCCCUCGGUCCUCCUGCUCCCCAAAUCCUCCCACCUGUCGUUUUGUCCCCGUCUGUUACAUGUCCGUGUGUCUCUCGACAGGCGAACUCUUUGUGGAAUACUUUACAAGCGCCACAUAAGUCCUGAUUCGACAUUUUUUGCUUUGAAUGGCUGCUGUCAACACAAAUCUCUGGCAGAGACUGUAACGGAGCCUGAUUGCUCAGCAAGUAUUUUGAUAAAUCCUGCUCCUGUGCUGGAGGCUGCGCGGAGCCUGGAGGACCGGCUGCAGCAGCUCCAGCGCCUCGAGCCUGCAGCUUCUCACCUGAAGGAUCUCAGCCGCCCCUGGAAGAAGCACCCGGAGCUUGUCAGCACCAAAGAGCGCAGGGAGGGGACGUCGCCAGCAGUAGCCGAGCCCCUGCAGCCCGGCAUCGACGGCAAAGCACCGUGCGCAGAGACCUUGCUGCAGAGAAAUGAGGCAGAACAGCAAAAGGGGCUGCAGGAAGCACAGGUCACUUUGGCCGCUCGGCUGGGGGAGGCAGAGGAGAAGAUCAAGGUGCUCCACGCAGCGCUGAAGGCCACCCAGACGGAACUGCUGGAGCUGCGGUGUAAAUACGACGAGGAAGCUGCAUCCAAGGCAGACGAAGUAGCCAUGAUCAUGACAAACCUGGAAAAAGCCAACCAGCGAGCGGAGGCAGCGCAGAGGGAAGUGGAGAGCUUGAGGGAGCAGCUGGCGGCUGUGAACAGCUCCCUGCGCCUGGCCUGCUGCUCCCCGCCGGGUGCCGCCGGGGACAAAGUGAACUAUUCCAUGUGCUCAGGGUCGAGGCUGGAGGCAGCGCUGGCUGCCAAGGACCGGGAGAUCCUGCGGCUCCUGAAGGACGUGCAGCACCUCCAGAGCUCGCUGCAGGAGCUGGAGGAAUCCUCUGCCAACCAGAUCGCCGAGCUGGAGGGGCAGCUGGCCGCCAAGAACGAAGCCAUCGAGAAGCUGGAGGAGAAGCUGCAGGCACAGGCGGACUACGAGGAGAUCAAAACAGAGCUGAGCAUCCUUAAGGCGAUGAAGGUGGCCUCCGCCAGCUGCAGCCUUCCCCAGGCAAGUGCCGCGGCGCGCGCCGGCACGCUCACCGGGCUAUGGCGCCCGUGCCAGCCCUGCCGCCGGUGCCUCCGCCGCCCUUUCCCAUCUCGGCUUGGCUCCUUGCAGAGCAUAUCGAAGGCAGAGGAGGCCCUGCUGCUGGGGAAGGAGGCGUUCUACCCCUCCCAGAAGUACCUGCUGGAGAAGCCCAGUCUGAUGGCCAGCACUGAGGAGGAUCACUCCGAAGAUGAGUCGGGGAAGGACUCGCUGGGCAUGGAGCAGCCGUACCCAUCCCCGCAGCAUGCCCCGACGGAAGAACCCACGUCCCCCACUCCCCUUCCACCUCUGCCCGGCCCUGGCUUGGCCCCCGAUGGACCACGGACAUUCUCCCUGUCCCCCUUCCCAGGGAGCGAGCGGCUUUCGGGGGAUGCCAAGGCCCCCCAGCUCCCGCCAUCCUCCUACAAGAGCGAGAGCACCACUGUGGGGCCAUCCUUCCCCUCUGGCAUCUUCGGUGCCAAAAGCAGCACCACACACCCCAGUGGCACCGCACCGGCCACCAGCCCAUCCGGAGAGCCAACCGAGGGCAGCACCAACAGCAAUGCUGAGGAGGAGCAGUUGGACACGGCCGAAAUCGCCUUCCAGGUGAAGGAGCAGCUGCUGAAGCACAACAUCGGGCAGCGGGUGUUUGGGCAUUAUGUGCUGGGGCUGUCGCAGGGCUCCGUCAGCGAGAUCCUGGCCCGUCCCAAGCCCUGGCACAAGCUGACGGUGAAGGGCAAGGAGCCAUUCAUCAAGAUGAAGCAGUUCCUCUCCGAUGAGCAGAACGUGCUGGCCCUGAGGACUAUCCAGGUGCGCCAAAGAGGUAGCAUCACACCACGGAUCAGGACGCCGGAGACCGGCUCUGACGACGCCAUCAAAAGCAUCCUGGAGCAGGCGAAGAAGGAGAUCGAGUCACAGAAGGGAGGGGAACCCAAAACACCAUCGGCAUCGCAAGCGGUGGCCAACGGGGCGGGCGGCAGCAGCUCGGAAGAUGCCAUCAAGAGCAUCCUGGAGCAGGCGCGGCGGGAGAUGCAGGCGCAGCAGCAGGCGCUGCUGGAGAUGGAGUCGGGGGGCAGCGGGCGCCCUAGGGACACGCCACCCGCUGAGCGCUCCACACUGGCCACCGUCAGCCAGAACAUUGUCCCCCGCUAUGUGAAGCAAGAGGAGGGGAAUGGGGCCAGCCCUGGCCCCCCACAGACACCCCUGGCCGUCCUCUCCCCUGCCGCCUUUGUCCAGAGCAUCAUCCGGAAGGUGAAGUCAGAGAUCGGCGAUGCCAGCUCCUACUUUGACCAGCACUGGGCAUCGGAGCGGAGCCUGCUCAGCCGACCCUACACCUCCGUCUCGCCUUCGCUGUCCUCCUCCUCCUCGAGCUACUCCAGCAUGGCCAAUGGCCGGGGCUGGCCUCGGGGUGAGCCUGGUGAAGGUGGCACCAACGAGGAUGAGCUGCCGCCAGCAGAUGAUGAGCCGCACCGGCUCACGGAGGUGAAGGCAGAGGGAGCCGGUGCAGAGCCGGCGGCUGGUGGUCGUCUCUCCUACUACCCCACCUAUGUGCCACGGACCCUGAAGCCCACGGUGCCGCCGCUAACACCAGAGCAGUACGAGAUGUACAUGUACAGGGAGGUGGACACGCUGGAGCUGACCCGGCAGGUCAAGGAGAAGUUGGCCAAGAACGGCAUCUGCCAAAGGAUCUUCGGAGAGAAGGUGCUGGGGCUGUCCCAGGGCAGCGUGAGCGACAUGCUGUCACGGCCCAAGCCAUGGAGCAAGCUGACGCAGAAGGGCCGGGAGCCCUUCAUCCGCAUGCAGCUCUGGCUGACCGACCAGCUGGGCCAAGGCAUCAACCAGCAGCCAGCACCUUCCCAGGCCAGCCCUGUGGAGCCCCAGCCGUCCCCCUCGCCGCCCCCCAGCCCCGCCGAGCACGAGAAGGGCUGUCAGGAGCCCCUCACCCUGGCCUUGGAGAGCAGCAAAGAAAACCAGCAGCCCGAGAGCCGGUCCACGCCUGCGCUGGGUGGGAAGACGUACCCCAACAGCCAGGGACCUGUGGGCAUCCAGGAGAUCGUUGCCAUGUCCCCUGAGCUGGACACAUACUCCAUCACCAAGAAGGUCAAGGAGGUCUUGACGGACAACAAUUUAGGCCAGCGGCUGUUUGGGGAGAGCAUCCUGGGCCUGACACAGGGCUCGGUGUCCGAUCUCCUCUCCAGGCCCAAGCCAUGGCACAAGCUGAGCCUGAAGGGGAGGGAGCCCUUUGUCCGCAUGCAGCUCUGGCUCAACGACCCUCUCAACGUGGAGAAGCUGCGUGACAUGAAGAAGCUGGAGAAGAAAGCCUACCUGAAACGUCGGUACGGGCUGAUGAGCGCCGGCUCGGACAGCGAGUCCCCCAGCGCCCGCUCCGAGUGCGCCAGCCCCAGCCUGCAGCCGCAGGACCUCAGCCUCCUCCAGAUCAAGAAGCCACGAGUGGUGCUGGCCCCGGAGGAGAAGGAAGCCUUGAAGAAAGCCUAUCAGCUGGAGCCUUACCCCUCGCAGCAGACCAUCGAGCUGCUCUCCUUCCAGCUCAACCUCAAGACCAACACUGUCAUCAACUGGUUCCACAACUACAGGUCACGGAUGCGGCGGGAGAUGCUGGUGGAGGGCGCACCGGACAACGACACGGAUCCAGAGCAGAGUGGCGGGACACCCGUCCCUGUGCGCCGGGCUCCCCAUAGCCCCGAUUCAGACACCGAGGACCGUAAACCUGUGCUUGGGGGGGGCGAGCACCCCUGUGCCACUGUGAAGGUGAAGGAGGAGCAGGGGGAGGCAGGCGGCUGGGGCCGCCGGCGGGACUCACGCAGCCCGGCCGGGGCGGCCGAGGGCACUGGCCCCCCGCAGGAGGAUCGGGGGGCAGCCCCCCACGCCGCUGCCCCCAGCGCCAGCAGCCUCCCGCGGCGGGGGGGCCGUGCUGGUGCUGCCACCGUGGGACCCCCACCACCGCCACCGCCGCAUCCCGACAGCUCCCAGUCCUCAUCGGGAUCAUCCCGUUGCAGCUUGGAGGUCUCCCCAACGUCACCCUCGGCAGCAUCCUCGCCUGGCCUUGCCGGCUCAGCCUCCCCGGGGCCAUCCUCCGCUGGACCGGUGUCACCAGCGCUACCGCCAGCUCCUGGCCCCCGGCUCAGCACCAGCGUCCAGCGGCGCCAUGAGAAGAUGGCCAACCUCAACAACAUCAUCCACCGCCUGGAGCGGGCUGCCAACCGCGAGGAGGCCCUCGAGUGGGAGUUCUGAGCCCUCCAACACCCUAAAUAUAUAUAUAGACACCCACAUAUAUAUAUAUAUUUUGUUAAAUGCAGCACGCACCAAGAGGCGACAGGCAGCCGGCGCCAUGGACAGGAGCACCCAUGGAAAAAGGGGGCGGCCUCCACUAUGAAGCCACAUCUCCCCCAGCUUUGUUUUAAAUGUGAAAUACUGGGAACGAUUUUAGAAAAGAAAACAAAAAAAAAAGAAAACAAAAAAUAUUUAUAGACCUCUUUUAGAUAUUUUAAUAAAAGGAUACUUUGGAAUUUAUUAACAGCUUAAGCUGCUUUGAUAUUAAAGAUAGCUAUAAAAUGAAGAUGAUGUAGCAGUUGUGUCAUUAAAUGUACACUGAAGUCUUGUAGUUUGCCACUGGAUGAGAUUAAAAACAAAGAUAAAACCCACAGGAAAGACUGAGCAAAGCCAUCGAGAAGCACUAUGAGACUGACCAAAUUGACUAAACUUUUGCUGAGCAGUUUCCACCUCUGUCUGUAAGACACCGCAUCGCUUCUGCCCCAGCCAGAGACUGCGACAUAGUCCCUGAAGACUCUAAAGCGACCCCCCUGAUGCCAUUGAGUACGUAUUUAGUUCUGGUGGUUUAUGUUUUUGGAAACCUUUGUAACACAGAAUGUCCCGUGCGGUUGUAUAUGUUGUAGAAAUGUCUGCACUAGCCUUCUGGAACAAGAUGUAGCAUGGUCCCAACGCUGUCCCUCGUGCUUCCUCCAGCCAGCAACCGGUGGCAGCCCCGAUAUGGCACGGUGCAGCUCCUGCCAGCUCCCAAAGGAAGAGGAAAACCAAUGCAAAAGCAAAGAGAGAAACCUGUGCUUGUGAUUUUGGGAGUGAGAUGGGAAGAGGUACCCGGGUGCGAUGCUCAGGGGUGGCUCUGGCUCACGGGGGAUGGAAUCCAUUGGAUCCCAGUUCCCCACACUCUGCCAUUGUCCGUUUAGGAAAGAAAAAGAGAUGGAGCCUCCGAGCUUUGCCCCGGGGUUACCAGUGCUUGGGGAUGAGCACCCAAAAAUCAUGAGCUGCGUGCUCACAGGGGGUCAAACCCUACUCGGGGCUGCUCCCAGCAUCACAGCCAGCUCUGGUGGCUGAAGCACUUUUAUUAGGGAGAGCACCUGGGCAGGAGGACCAUCCCCUCAAUGCAGUGGUAUUCCCAGGCAGUGGCUGCCCGUGAAGCCAGGAUGAGCCCCAGAGUGUCACACCAGGCUCCUGCCUGAAUUGGGCAAGCUCAGACCUGAACUGGGCAAAACACCAUUGAGCUUUGGCUUCCCAAGGCUGACCCUGCGCCACCUCCUCACCCCACCACCACCAGUGGGGCUCUGCUAACAAAAUGCCUUUAAAACACCGUGGGGUGGCCCAUGCUGGGCUGCUUUGCCCUGUCCCCUGCCUGCGUGGCAUCAGCCAUCACCCAGCGUGGCCACCGCCAUCGGGAGGGCUCCCUGCCAGGCUCUGAGGCUAUGCAUUGACUGAUUUAUACAUUUUUAUCAGAAGAGAAGGUAUUUUUAUACUUGGGUGGUGGUUCAUGAGCGAUGCUAAAAGCGGCUCCGUGGGGGCACGGCUCUCCUUGCCCACCUAUCCUGCCCCAGCAAGCCCCAGCUUGCCCACGGCCACUCUUUUCCCUGCCACCACGUUGCAGAAGGUCGAGGCACGACCAUUGACUGCUCUUCUCUGUUGUGUGCUAGCAGGAGCUUUAGUGGAACGGGAUUCAAGGAAGCACUUAGGAUAGUCUCGGACAUGGCAAUCCUGUUGUAUUAAAGCUGGCGGGACAUACCGGUCACGUUUUUGUUAGGCUCAUGUACUGUACUUCAAAAGUUUCUAUGAGAUCGAUGAACUUUGUUUAACAGUUUUGGAAGGAACAAGUUCUGUAAAGAGCCACUAAAUACAGAAGUUGGAUACGA